ACCGGCUGACAUCACUUGCCUGAUAGACCAGUAUCCGAGGGCCACUGCAGAAGGACGCGUGGCCUCUCCAGCCUCCCGACCGGCUCCAGCAGCAGCCAGUGGCUACGCGGCUCCCAGCCGACAGGUGCGCUAGCUCGGCUGCAGCCCGCCGCCUCCCCGCGCUGUGCAGCCCGCGCCCCGCCUCGCUGAACCCCUGCGGGAAGAAGGAUGGAGCCCUGCGGUGCUGGCCGGGUACCCGCGCUGCUGUUCUGCCUGGGUUUCCAUCUUCUGCAAACAGUUCUCAGUGCAAGUGUGAUUCCUUUGUGUGCUCCAGGAGAGUUUGAAGAGAACUGCACAGGUUUAGUCCAGACAGAAGACAGUCCACGUGUGGCCCAAGUUUAUGUAACAGAGUGCAGCUCUGACAUGGAUGGCUACUGUUUCCAUGGACAGUGCAUCUAUGUGGUGAAUGUGAGUGAAAAUCACUGCAGGUGUGAUCUGGGUUAUACUGGUCGUCGAUGUGAGCACUUCAUUUUAACUGUCCAGAAACCACUGAGCAAAGAGUAUGUGGCUCUGACUGUGAUUCUGAUUCUCUUGUUUCUUGUCAUCAUUGCUGGUUCCACACACUACUUCUGCAGAUGGUACCGACAUCGAAAAAGCAAAGAAUCAAAGAAUGAGUAUGAAAAGGUGACAGCAGGGGAUCCGGUGCUGCCACAAGUCUGAAUGGUGCCAUCAAGCUGAUGUGCAGGAGGGCACAGCAUGCCUGGUUAUGUGACUGUUCCUAUUUUAUUAAUGAUAUUUAUGUCAGGUCAUGUGUUAAGUCCAUAGUGGUAUAUUUUUAAUAUACACAGGAAAGUUUUUAUUUUUAUUUUAUUUUUGACAAACUAUUUGCUAAUGUAUAAUGCACUCAAAAUAUUUAAUAUAUAAAGAAAAUGGUUAUUUUUGUAAGAUAUUGUUGUCUGGGCUAAGUGCUCAGAUGAAAGUUUCAAAGCUUAUUUUGCCAGCUGCUCAUUGCUUAGGAGUAAGCAGUGCCCACUUUACUUCUCACCAAGUGUCAGCAAAUGACCGACUGGUUGCUGUACAUGUGACUAUGUGGUUAAAUCAAUGUAAUAAGGCAUAUUUUUCUUCUCGACAAAUCCAUAGUAACUGGUUUGACCACAUCAUAGUUGUAUUCAUUGAUGUAUUGUUGGCACUAGUAUGUAGUGAACUAAAACAUUAGUGCAAUAGGAAUUGGGGUAGGUGUGUGUGUGUGUGUGUGUGUGUGUGCACGGUGUGGGGGGGAUAUUGACCAUGUGCUAAACACCACACAUUUGAAUCAAAUUAAAUGUGGGAGGCUAUGCUUUCUCCACCCCAUCCUUGGAUAUACAGCUCCUAUCUGGCAGGGAAGUACCAUCCCUUGUCUUUAUCCACAGUUCCUUCAGAUACGUGUCUAACAAAUUCUCCUUAAGUCAGUUGGACUCAAUUUCAUACUAACUUCUAUGUAAAUAGUAGGUAUUUUACAGUGUCAUAACAUUCCUUUUUUUUUGAAGUACAACACUUAUAUGAGGAAACUGUUGCCCAAGAGACAACUAAAACAAACAAAAACCGCCCCACUUGAAAUUUGUGCUUCCUUUAAGAGUACUUAUAUUUGGGGCAUGGUGGUGGUGCACAUGGUUGAGUGCACAUGUUACGUUGUGCAAGGACCCGGGUUCAAGCCCCUGGUCCCGACCUGUAGGCAGAAAGCUUCACGAGUGGUGAAGCAGUGCUACAGGUGUCUCUCUGUCUCUGUUGCCCCCUUCUUCUUAAUAUCUGGCUGUCUCUAUCCAAUAAAUAGAUAGAGAUAAUAAAAAAAUAAAAAUAGUACUUAUAUUUAUAGAGACUUUAACAAAGAACUGAAAGAUUAAGUCACAGUUCAAAAUUUAAUAGGCAAAUCAUUAUUUUAAAGCACAGCAACUCUAUAUAUUGUCUGAAGAUGGAAGUAGAGUUGUUUCACUUUUUUUUUUAACUAGAGCACUGUUCAACUUUGCCUGAUAGUGGUGCAGGAGAUUGAACCUGGGACUUUGGAGCUUCAGGCAUGAGAGUCUCUUUGCAUAACCAUUAUGCCAACCAACCCCACCCUGUUUCACUUAUUUAUGUAAGAGUUUUAACAUACAAACAAUGCAAUAAGUAGUCUCUUCUAGAAUUUAAAAUUAUGUCCUGACACAAAAAGAGGAAGGAAAUGAAAAAAUAAAUCAUAGGGCAUUUCUUCAUAUGUGCGCACAUACUGAGAACUUUCAAAAUUUAGCAAUUUAACCAUAUCUUGCUGAGAAGACAAUAAUGAAACUAGGACUCUAUUUCCUAUCUUUUCUUAUUAUUUGGAAGGGACUAAGAGAUGUCCUGCCCUCAGAAAACCAUAACUUACUUCAGAGACUAGUUAAUAAGGGUACUUUGAGUCAACAAGUCUAUUUGUCACCACUUCCAGAUCCCUUAGGAACCUGCUCUGUGAAUGCUAAAUCUUUGGGAAACACAUCUUAUCAGACAGGGCCUGUUCUUCUUCUAUCUUUUUCCUGAAACAUGCAAGGGCAGCAAAGAGAAAAUAAACAAUGUUUGACCUCUGAAGUGCCAGGUGCCAGGACUUGCCUCCAUAUGAAAUCCUACAUUAUAGACUUUGGUAACAGUUAGACCAAUCUUAGCCAAAAUCAUGGAUUUGUUCCCUUACUUUGAAGGGGAGGAGGCAAACAAAUGUACAUAUAUACACAUUUAUAAGUAUGUAUAUACAUGUAUAUUUCUCUGCAUACUCAGGCACAAAAUACCCUGGAGACAUGAAUUCAGUUAAUAGUCACAGUCAUUUGCUGCUCUGUCACUAAUGUUUAACUCUUAAAGCAGGAUAAAGAUACAAUUUACUUCAGUGAAAAUUAAAAGGUUGCUUCUUGGGUAGCACAAUUCAUGUCAAAUGUGCUAUAUAAGAACACAUUUUUGAUCCUAUACAUACUUAUUGGUACCUAUUGUGUGUAUAACAAGUUUACCUUAUAAGGAUCAGGUGAUGGUGCACCAGGUUAAGCGCACAUAGAACAAUGCACAAGGACCUGCUCAAGAAUCCCAGUUCAAGCCUCUGGCCCCCCAUCUGCAGGGCAGUCGCUUCAUGAGCGGUAAAACAGGUCUCCAAGUGUCUCUUUCUCUCCCCCUUUCUGUCUUCCUUUCCUCUUUCAGUUUCUCUCUGUCCUAUCCAAUGAAAAAGGAAAUAAUUGGCCUUCAGGAGCACUGGAUUCAUAGUGCUGGCGCCAAGCCCCAGGGAUAACCCUGGAAGCAAUAAAGAAAUAAAGAAAUAAAAAGUUGAGCUUUUUUUUAAAGUGAUCUUGAUAGUUUCAAAAAUGUAUUGACUAACCAAAAAAUCAGCUGUAGUCCAUUCAUGCAAUCCAUUUACAAAAUAUAUUGGUUUGUCUUAAAACAUCUCAGAUCAUAUUUCACAUCAAUUGCAAGUAGUUUGAGGUGUUUCUAAAUCUCUAUUUCACUAUGGUUAAACCUUACACCUUUAAAAGUUGGUCCUCAUUUAUAAGUGUAUAUUAAAUAAUACAAUGCUAUGCCCUAGUUUACUUUGUAUCUGUGAGAAUAAAUAAAUAAUAAUUGUUUUGGUAUGAAUAAUUCUAAACACACAUUAGAAAAUAUGAUAGUUAUCAAUUUAUAUUUUCUACAAACACUGGGAAGAUUUUGGCUCACAUUUAUUCUGCCUUCCUCAUUUUACAGAUUUGAGUGUCUAGAACAACUAUGUGCACACCAACAUCUUGAGAACAAAUGCAAAUCUAAUGCAGAAAUUCAUAAUUUAUGUAUUUCAUUAAGGUUACAGAGUAAUUCAUUGGCACAAUAUAAAACUUAGGGCAAAAAGUUUAAACUUAAAAUUUAGACUUCUGGUAGCUAUAAUAGAAACAUGUUUUUAUCUCUCAUAUCCUUUUAUUCUCAUCUCUCUGCCAAGAGUCAAAACAGAGAGACAUAGCAGAAUUGUAGGGAUGAUACAGCAUUAAGAAUAUGUCAACACAGAUUUUUGUUUUGAGUCCUUAAGGAAAGAGCUAGCUAAAUUCAACUGUUAUCAGGUAUCAAAUCAAAUUUUACACAGAAAAUGUGUAAACUAAUUCCUAAUUUGCAUUUAUUUCAGCAAGAGGAUUUUAAAAAACUCGUGUCUGAUCUGCCUUGUUAUUUUUUGUACAAUGUUCAUGCUGUAGACUUUUGGGGGGAAAGGGUUUUUUUCCUGCUCUUGUUCAUAUGGCAGAAAAGGGGAGUAACAAUUCAUAUAAAUGGUGUUCUGGAGUACAUUCUAAAUGUUUUAACUAAAGGAUACAUUUGUCUAAAACAUGCCUGUUAUUCAAGUUGGAUGAUAUUAAAUGUAAGAUAGUAUAUAUUUUCAUUGCUUUUUGUUGCACUCUGUAAUUGCACUUUUUAACUUCGAAGAGCCAUUUUGGUGUAUGUUAAAGAUGUUAUAGGACAUAAAGUUGUAUUACAAGCCACUUAAAGUAACUUAUUUGACAAUGAAUUUUAUCAGAGUACUGAAUUGUAUCAAUUUGUUUGUGUUCAAUAUCAGCUUUGAUAAUUGUGUACCUUAAAGUAUUGAAGGAGAAUUUAGAUAUUUUACAGGGUAUUGUUAAUUUUAUUUAUUUUGUUGGGAAUUGGAAACAACAAAUGACAAAUAAAAUGCAUUAAGUAUGAUAAAUAAAA